AUGCCUCAGGUUGAUUUGGAAACACUAGUUUCCGCCUUAUCAGGCGGAGCCACCGACCGGAAAAUCACUUGUGAAACGCUCGCCGACGAGGAUAUGCCGGGUGAAGAAGAUGACGUCACUGAAGCCGCCGCUCACGACGUUCCUCCUGAUUUCCCACCGGAAUCAUUCUGGCUUUCCAAGGAUGCCGAACUGGAUUGGUACGAUCGGAAUGCUUUUCUGGAGCGGAAAGAAUCCACCAAAGGAAUAUCCCACUCCGGCAACUUGAACCCAAACGUGAAUCCCCACUCCAACAACAAUUCCCAGCGAUUCUCCGUCAACUUGAAGACUAAGGCUUCUUUGUUCGGCUUGCCCAAGACUCAGAAGCCUAAUUAUGUUGAUGCUAAACGGCGGUGUAAUAAACCGGCCAACGUGAAAUUAUUUCCCAAGCGAUCAGCCUCCGUCGGGAAAACCGCCGUUUCUCUCACUGAACCGUCGUCGCCCAAGGUUUCUUGCAUGGGAAGAGUCCGAUCGAAGCGCGGUCGCCGGAGAACAUCCGAAUUGACGUCCUCCAAGUCCAAGAGAGAGAAAAUUCCCCAGAAAUCAAGAUCGCUCGACGAUAAUAAGAAGCGCAAGAAGAAGGGGUUUUAUUCCAAGUUCUUCUCCAUGUUCAAAUCCGGUCGGGAGGAUCGGAAACCGCUUCAAUCGGAGAUGGAUCUUUCGUUCGAAGAGGAGAAGCCGCGGAAGAGCACGGCUUAUACGACGAGAAAGAUGCCGGACGUUCCAAUCAGCGUCGAGCCGGCGGCACCGGAACCACCGGCGUUGGGAGGGAUGAAGAAGUUCGCAUCCGGCAGGAGGAGCACCGACGAGUUCGAGAGCGCAGAACCGGCGGUAUCGGAACCGCCGGCGUUGGGAGGGCUGAAGAAGUUCGCGUCCGGCCGGAAGAGCACCGACGAGUUUGACGCGGCGCUUAAUGACUUUGUUGCGUCGGGUUGGUCCCACAGAUAG